CCCAGCCCUGCUCAAACCUCUCCAAGUCCUGCCCCAGCUUCGGGGCAUUUGAACUCGUCCACCGAGCAGUGGGUCGCUUUCUCCUCACGCAUACCCGACCUAGGCAGGCCCAGCCAAAGAGCAUCCCACCCAGGGACCACCUUUUUUUCCUUGGGAUCCCGCGCUUCCGCCUCCGGGGCGGAGACUCCUCCCCUCUCAGUCCCAGUUGCGUUCCCUGGAAGAGCAGCCCGGACGGUGAGAGGCCGGGUCCUCCUAGCGUUCCAGGAGCCGUUCAGCCCUGGAGGCCCAGAGCCCCACCCGGAAGCAGGCGGCUGCGCUGCUUCAGCACCACGGACAGCGCUCCGCCCGCAGCCCUAGUGUCAGGCCGGCAGCGCGCUAUGCUGGCGGCAUGGCCCGGCGCUCCAGCUCUAUGGCGCUGCUGCUCAGCUUCGGCCUUCUCUGGCUGUGUUCAGGGGUUUUGGGUACUGACACAGAGGAGCGGCUAGUGGAGCAUCUCCUGGAUCCCUCCCGCUACAACAAGCUGAUCCGGCCAGCCACUAAUGGCUCCGAUCAGGUCACUGUCCAGCUCAUGGUGUCACUGGCCCAGCUCAUCAGUGUGGUGAGUGUGGGUCUCGAACUCUUUGUCCAGCCACAGAAGCCAGCCCAGCCAGAAAGGCAUGAGCGGGAGCAGAUCAUGACCACCAAUGUCUGGCUGACCCAGGAGUGGGAAGAUUAUCGCCUCACCUGGAAGCCCGAGGAGUUCGACAAUAUGAAGAAAGUCCGGCUCCCUUCCAAACACAUCUGGCUCCCAGAUGUGGUCCUAUACAACAAUGCUGACGGCAUGUACGAGGUAUCCUUCUAUUCCAAUGCGGUGGUCUCCUAUGAUGGCAGCAUCUUUUGGCUACCGCCUGCCAUCUACAAGAGUGCAUGCAAGAUUGAGGUGAAGCACUUCCCCUUUGACCAGCAGAACUGCACCAUGAAGUUCCGCUCAUGGACCUAUGACCGCACGGAGAUCGACCUGGUGCUCAAAAGUGAUGUGGCCAGCCUGGACGACUUCACACCCAGUGGGGAGUGGGACAUCAUCGCGCUGCCAGGCCGGCGCAACGAGAACCCAGAUGAUUCCACCUACGUGGAUAUCACCUAUGACUUCAUCAUUCGGCGCAAGCCACUCUUCUACACCAUCAACCUCAUCAUCCCCUGCGUCCUCAUCACCUCGCUGGCCAUCCUGGUCUUCUACCUGCCCUCGGACUGCGGGGAGAAGAUGACACUUUGCAUCUCUGUGCUGCUAGCGCUUACGGUAUUCCUGCUGCUCAUCUCCAAGAUUGUGCCUCCCACCUCCCUUGACGUACCGCUGGUGGGAAAGUACCUCAUGUUCACCAUGGUGCUAGUCACCUUCUCCAUUGUCACUAGCGUGUGUGUGCUCAACGUGCACCACCGCUCGCCCACCACGCACACCAUGGCUCCCUGGGUCAAAGUGGUCUUCCUGGAGAAGCUGCCCACCCUGCUCUUCCUGCAGCAGCCACGCUACCGCUGUGCACGGCAGCGCCUGCGCCUGCGGAGGCGCCAGCGGGAGCGCGAGGGGGCAGGCGCGCUCUUCUUCCGUGAGGGCCCUGCCGCUGACCCAUGCACCUGCUUUGUCAACCCUGCAUCAGUGCAGGGCUUGACUGGAGCCUUCAGGGCUGAGCCCGCAUCUGCAGCUGGUCCAGGGCGCUCGGUGGGGCCUUGCAGCUGCGGCCUCCGGGAGGCAGUGGACGGCGUACGCUUCAUUGCAGACCAUAUGCGAAGUGAGGAUGACGACCAGAGUGUGAGGGAGGACUGGAAAUAUGUUGCCAUGGUGAUCGACCGCCUCUUCCUCUGGAUUUUUGUCUUUGUCUGUGUCUUCGGCACCAUUGGCAUGUUCCUGCAGCCUCUCUUCCAGAACUACACUGCCACUACCUUCCUCCACCCUGACCACUCCACUCCCAGCUCCAAGUGAGGCCUCUUCUGCAGCUCCUCACCCUGUGACCCCUGGGGUUCAGUAGUACUGGGUGGAAGAUGAUCUGUCCCGCUCCACCGAAGGCCUGCUUCACACCUCCAUUCACACAGAGCCCUCCAGCCUGGAGGCUGGACCAGCUGCCUCCUGUUCAAGCCGUUCUCCUCCUCCUCCUGAGCUAAUUCAGACCGUAGUGUUAAUGGUGGGAGCCAAGGCUGGUAAGCAGAGGCCAGAGGUCUCAGAGCCAUCCGCCUUGGGAAGGGUGCUGGAGAAAAGGCCAAGAAAGGGAUAGUUUUCUAUGGCUUCCGAUCAUGGGAGAAGAGGAGGUGGGAAGAGGGGGCUCAGAUCCUCCCGCCAGGCUGACAGGGACAACUGAGACAGGAGCAGAGGAGUGUGGCCAGUAAUUGGCACCCACCCACCCACUGAAGCGGGCAGCAGCUGAUCUGGGAGGACUUGCAGGUUUAGGGGCUCUUCCUGAGAGCUUCAGCUGGCCCCACAGUCUCCCGAGGAGCUUCAACUUAGUCCCACAGCCUGUGCUUUGGAGGGCUCCAGGGCCCAGUUCCAGGUUCCCUUCUGCCAGGGCAGAAUUCUCUGCACUCCCAGAUUUCCCUCUGCUUCUCUCACUUUUAAAGGUAAGGUGUUAGGGGAACCUCUGAAGGUCACGAGCUAGGUGAGAGUUCUAGGCUCAUAGACUCAGAACUCUUACAGUGCUGGAUUCCAGUGGGAGCCAUGUUACAGAUCUGGAACAGGCCUGGAAGGUGAGCGAGCCCCCUCCUCCUUGCUCCAAGGCCACAGACUGCUUGAAGGACCUAAGUGAGAGACAUCGGAACUGUGCCUCAGUGUACAUCCCAGUUGUAGGAUGGACUCAGGGGCAUCUCUGCUUGGUGGCAAGAGGGACCUCCUUUUACUAGAACAAGAAACUGCCUGUAUUAGGCCUCUCCCCUCUACCCCCCAAACUUCCAGCCCCAGAGAAGGCACCCCAACAUCAUAAACAGCCCCCAGAGUUCUAAGUAGCACCUGGAAAGGUGUUGCCCCUCUGGAGGGCAGCACCAGUGCAGGCAUUCCAGCCUCUUCGAGACCCCACCAGCUGCUGCUCUGGCCACCCUUGACUUUCUACCUCCUAUGACUGGCUGUUGUCCCAAUCAGUCACCAGCCAAGGCUGGAAAGGUCAAUGAGCAGUUUGUUGGACUCCUGGCCAUGUCCUGUUGAACAUAUCAGGCAAACAGUGCCCACCUUAGAACCUGCUCUCAGCAUUUGAACCAUGAGGACAGAAAUUGGCAGAACUGUGAUGGGUGGGAAGGACCUGUGGGUGAAGGAUCCUGGGGCAAUGCUGCCCCCCCCCAUUUCGGGUGAGGAAGACUACAAUGAGGGAGGGAUGGUAGGAGGCUAUUAUGUGCCAGGGUAGUGUGAACCCUAAAGGAUACUGGGAGGCUUUGGGGAAACUUGGCCCCUGUCAUUUUGGGUCUUCUGUCUCUACCCUGGGUGAAGUUGGGAGGCUCCUUGCCUCCUCCAUGGAGCUGACUCUGGAGAGAAUCAGGUCCCUGGGACAGGGUGGCAUGGGAGAGGCCAUGAAGAAAGGAGUUGGGGAUUCCCAUCAGUGACCAAGUUCCAGUAAGCUGGCGUCCACCUUUGCCUGGAAGAUGGCCCACAGGCUCCCUGCCACUAUGGAGACCUACAAGUCUGGAGCAGCUGGUGCCAAGAAGUGCGGAAGGCCGAAAGCAAACAGGACACAGAACCCUUCAGAAGGCUUUUUUUUGGGGGGGAGGGGGGGAGAUUACAGGGGAAGGGAAGGACGUCCUUGUAAGGAACAAGGACAAUGGGGGACUGGCGACUGUGCCUGUCCUCUGGGACUCGGCCUCUGACAGUCCUGCCUGAGGGACGCAAGCUCCCGAGAGAUCAGGAGCAGCAGCAGAGCAUGUCUUCAGAGGGCCUGGUAGCUGCUCCCUGCCUGUCACCAUGGCCUUUGGGAAGCCUCCUAGGGAGGAAAGCAAAGGCCUUUGGAGUCUUCUCCGAAUUGUUCUCCAAGCAGAGUGUCAUAAUUCUUGUCACCCCUCUGCUUCCAGGCAGAAGUGGCUGUGGAGCCCCACUUACACUGGCCAGCUUCCCACUCACCAAACCCAACUGGACAGAACAAGUGUCACUUUGUAAUAAUUAUCCCAUCAUGUCUGAGAAGUCUGUCAGUGUGUUGGUCACGUGCUUCCCAAAGGACUACAACUUUGGGGACCGGAGGACACCUUGCCCAUCCGCCUUCAGUCCACUCAUCUUCAUGCCAUCCUUGGCACGCCCGUCUCCACUCCUGGGAUAUUUGCAAUGGUCCACAUCCCUCUCCCUAAACUCACCCCCACCCCCACCCCCUGUAGCUGGACUCAUUCCUCUUAAAAUUGUUUCCAAAUA